GUUCCGAAACCGACCUUCCGUCGAGACAACUCUAGCAUAUGCCUUCAGAGAUCCUUCUCCUGGUCGCUACGUAUCUACCUCCAUCAUCUGCUGCUUGUCUAUCUCUAUGCAAUCGCUAUUUAAAACAAUGCAUAGGCUCUGGGGCUAUGCGAGACUUGCGUGGCGCUGGCAAGGAGUGCCGGAUAUCUUUCUUGGAGUUGCUGGCCCGAGAUUUAUCUAAAAAUUAUGCAUGCCACACUUGCGUGCGCUUGCAUAAAACCACUUUGGUUGAAUGGCCACGUACUUUGGCUCGCUACCAAAUGCUUCCAUGCAUCGUAUUCGACCAGAAGUACCGCUUUGACUUCCACUCUCGAUACAAAAUCAAUUUCGCACAUGUACAGCUGGCGCUGAAAAACCAUCGACGUGGGCCUUUGCAUGGAAUACCUCUUGAAGCCUUUUCACAUACAGAGUUCUGGAUUAAACGAGGUUAUGCCAACAACCUCCUAUCCGUCGAAGCUAGGAUCGAUUCCGACGAACUCCUUGUACGCUCACAACGAUGGAUUUUGAUCCCCCGAUAUCGAAGAGAGGAGCUGCUCACCACGUGGCAUGUGCAUGGAUUGUGUCCACAUAUAUGGAUGCGGAGACCUGUAGAGCCCGUUCAGGACAUCUUCACUCAAAUAGUGAUGGAACAGCUGGACGGUCAGGAACGUCGCUUGGUCUACAAAUGUGAUUGGUGUCACAUGGACUUCUCUGUUGAUAUUUUUGAUGAGGAAGGAGAUACUGGCAUGGUCGUGACACGAUGGGUCAAUUUGGGUAAUGGUUCCUCAAACUCAAGUCUAGAUUGGGAAUGCCAUAUUCCUGUAACAUAUGCACACACACCUGGACACCAAGCUGGAGCCAUCAAGGCAAGAUUUGAAACCCAACAAGGUCAAUCAUUCGAGGAAAUCAAUCUGCUCAAUUUCAAGCGUUUGCUGUCGGGUCAGAGGCAGGAAUUUAAAGAUGGAAACAAAGAAGCCCUGGGUUCUCCGGGAUGCAUCUGGAUACAACUUUCCAUGGAGACCCCUUGGUGGUAUAUCAAUCCUCGUGCGGACCGAGAAGUUGAGUCAUUGACAACGACACUCUGGAGUAUCUUGCUCGAAGGCGCUCCAUCACGGUUCUGUCUCUGUCUUGUGUGUUUCCUGAUUUGGUAUUAUGAAGACGUCCUUGACUCAUUGUAG